AUGUUCACUACAUUUUCACCGUUACCAAGUCCAAUGAUAAAUAACAAUAUCCAUCAAGACGCACCAAAGCAUACAUUGCCCCCUUUGUCUCAAAUCAUUACUUCAAUGCCAUCAUUUCAACAAUACCCACAAGCAGCCUUACCUCAACAACAACCAACUCCUGCUCCAUCUCAAUAUUCAUUCCAACAACCCCAACAACCAAUGUUUCAACACCAAUCAGAAAUGAUCAAGAGAGAAGACUAUUCACCAACCAUCAUACCCCAAAGGGAUUCUCAUUCUGCUAGUCAAUCACCAUCUCAAGAAGUCUCAACACCAACAUCACCAAAAUAUAAUUCAAAAGUUGCAACUGAUAAAUGUACUUGUCGUAAUGAAGGAAAUCACAUUCCAAGACCAAGAAAUGCAUUUAUUUUAUUCCGCCAACAACACCAUCAAUCUGUUUUAGAUGAAGGAAAUGUUAUUCGUACAAAUCCAGAUGUUUCAAGAGAAUUAGGUAAGAGAUGGAGAGAUUUAUCACCAAAAGAAAAAGAGCAUUGGAAUAAGUUAGCUGAAGAAGAGAAGAAGAGACACGCUGAAAAGUAUCCAGGCUACAGAUAUAUUCCAAGACGUUGUGGUAAGAAAGGUUCUUGUCCUUAUUGCAAAUCUAAACAACCAAAACAACAACAACAACAACAUACUCCACCAACUUCAACUUCAAAUACACCUGAAGAUAUGAAUUCUAUAUCAUCAUCUGAAGAACAUGCUAUUGCACAAAGUUUUCUUUCAUUGAGAAAUCAACAACCUCAUCCUUCAUAUGCACCAGUUGCCACACCUGUUCCAAAUGGGUACUAUAGUCAACCAGGUCAUAUGGCUCAUGUUGCUUAUGUUCAAACAACUCAAGGACAAAUGAGUGCACCUGUUUAUUAUAACCAAAUUCCAACCCCUGUUUCUGUCAAAAGAGAAGAAGAUGGAAAUAGCCCUACAGAUAAAUCAAAGGUUUGUUCAUUUGCAAACAUUUUGAAUUAG